GUGAACAACUAGUCAACAAUUAAUUAAUACUGCCCUUCUUCCACAGCAUACACUCUUCUUCCAAACUUUACUCGUUCUCACUACUAGUCAGCCAGUGUCAGUGAGACUCAACAUAUACGCAUAUCUUGGUAGGUGUUAUAUAUAUAUAUCAUCAACAAGUUGAAGCAGCGGCAGCCUGGUGCUACCCAACACAAACAGAGACACACUGCACUUAUGCAAGACGAACCCUACCAUGGUAUCACUCGUGCUUGCAGUGCUUGUGUUACAGUCGGCAACAACUGCCGCGGUGACUGCAGCUAGAAGAAACUGCUCUGACACCUGUGAUGGUUAUGAUAAGAUACCUUAUCCAUUCGGAUUAGGUUCUUCGUGCUCCUUACCCGGUUUCAGUCUCACUUGUGUGGGCAACACCAGUUUUUAUCGAGAAGGGGAGUCGAUACCCCUGGUUGUGCAUCAUCAUGCACACGGCCCAGGUUACCCCCUGCUAGGCAACCUACCCAUCAAGUACUUUAGCAAAGGUGACAACUACCUGAGCGCCACUAUCUCAUACUCCGUGAGGAUGAUUCCCGGUGUCCGUGACUACUCUGUUCACUGGGAAGCUCCAGCCCGGCACUUUGCAGUGUCUGGCUCGUCAUUCAUGUCGUUGUUCAUUGUUGGCUGCGGCAUCAAGGCCACUCUGUUCGUUGGCAACUCGACCGUUGAGGUCGGUAGCUGUUCCGUCACCUGUGUCGAAGCUAAAAUCAUGGAGAAGCUUCCCGAGGAGGUGUGCGAUGGCAUCGGAUGUUGUUUCAUCGACAUACAGGUGAACCUGAGGGCGUUCACCCUCAACAUCUCGCGCACCAGCGAUUCUGCACGCUCGAAGAAGGUGUACGCGUUCAUUAGCGGAGACAAUAAUAAGUACCUGUUAUUCAGGCCGAUUGACGCCCUGAGAUCUAUGUUGCCGGAAGAUCUCGACCCAGAUGCUACCGUGGAGUGGGCUAUUCCCUACCAGCCGAACUGUAAGCGCGCUAUGGAGGACAGGGCCAGCUAUGCAUGCGUUGCUAAUCGCAGCAAGUGUCAGGACUCGCUGAUCGGUGGAUACUUUUGCGUUUGCAAAUGGGGCGGCAACCCCUAUGUCCAUGGCGAGUGCCAAAAAUACCAACCACCCCCUCCACCUCCACCGCCUCCCGCUCCUCCGGCAGUUUAUGGCUCCAUCCAGCCAAGAAAGGAUUGCCCCAUGUCAUGCGGGAACGUGAGCAUCCCAUUCCCCUUUGGAACAGAGGUUGGCUGCUUUGCAAAUGAACAUCUCUUCCUCGCAUGUAGCCCGCCCUUGCCUGGGACUGUUAUUCAGGUACUUGAAUUGACCAGUCGAUUGGUCGUCACUGACAUAUCUAUUGAGGACGGUAUUUUGCGCGUUCAUGAGGAAUCAGAGGCAAGUGAUAUCUUGUCUGGUUCGGACUCCCUCUAUGCCUUGUCCGGGAAAUGGGGUGUGGUGAAGUGGGUCGUUAAUAAAAUGACAUGCAAACAGGCAAAGCUAAACGUGAACAACGACAUAUGUUUCAGCUCCCAUAGUGAUUGUGUCGAUGUCACCAAUGAUGGAACACUCCAACAUCUCGGCUACCGCUGCAAGUGCUCUUCUGGUUUUGAAGGAAAUCCUUACAUUAAAGAUGGUUGCACAGAUAUUAACGAGUGCCUACAGCCAGAUAAAUACACCUGCAAUGGCAUUUGCCAUAAUAAACUCGGGAGUUACACAUGCACCAGCACGGUAAUAUUAGGUGUCACCAUUGGGCUAAGCAGUGGUGGAGGCAUUAUAUUUCUUGCCGCAAUUGUUGUUAUUCUUACUCGGAGAUGGAAUCGGGUCAUUCAGAAGCGGCUGAGAAAAAGGUAUUUCCGGAAGAACAAAGGCAUCCUGCUUGAACAGCUUAUCUCUUCCGACAAAAGUGUCAGCGACGGCACAAAGAUAUUCUCCCUGGAGGAGCUGGAGAAGGCAACAAACAGUUUCGACCAGGCCCGCGUGGUCGGACGGGGCGGCCAUGGCACCGUCUACAAGGGCAUCCUGACCGACCAGCGCGUGGUGGCCAUUAAAAAAUCAACGCUCUCAGUGAUCAGUGAGAUCGACGAGUUCAUCAACGAGGUGUCCAUCCUCUCGCAGAUCAACCACCGAAACGUGGUGAAGCUCCACGGAUGCUGCCUCGAAUCCGAAGUCCCUCUGCUUGUAUACGAGUUCAUCUCCAACGGCACACUCUACGACCUUCUGCACCGUACCUCGGAGCAAAACGGUAGCAGCUUAUCACUGCCCCUGUCCUGGGAGGAGCGCCUGAGGAUCUCCAUUGAGAUUGCGGGCGCACUAACGUACCUGCACUCCGCGGCUUCCGUAUUGAUCCUCCACAGAGACAUCAAGUCUAUGAACGUGCUCCUAAAUGACAGCUACACCGCCAAGGUCUCAGAUUUCGGCGCAUCGAGGCUGAUCCCCAUCGACCAAACACACCUGGUCACCGCUGUUCAGGGUACGUUUGGGUACCUGGAUCCGGAGUAUUACUACACGGGCCAGCUCAACGAGAAGAGCGAUGUUUAUAGUUUUGGAGUGAUACUUGUUGAGCUGCUGACGAGGAGGAAACCCAUCAUCCAGAACGAGCAUGGCGAGAAGCAGAACCUGUCAAACUACUUCUUGUGGGCAAUGAGGGAGAGGCCCCUCGAGGAAACGGUGGACGCGCAGAUCCAAGGGGAUGGAAGAGAUGAAGGGGUUCUGUCCAUGGCUCGGUUGGCGGAGGAGUGCCUCAGUCUAACGCGAGAGGAGAGGCCAACCAUGAAGGACGUGGAGAUGAGGCUGCAGCUCCUCACGGGGCGCCGUGUUGCAUCAAGGGCGAGGCAAGACGAAGAGGCACAACAUGCGGAAGACGAUGAGCAUGGUGGCGUUGUUCCGGUGGUUGGUCAGCAUGGCUCACGCCAGUUGAGCCAAGAGCAGGAGUUUGUGUCGUCUCAGCGUGCACCUCGGUAGGUUGUACCUAGGCACACACUAUUUACAUUUUGCCCUCGCGAGGAAAAUAAUUUGGUCCCAUGUCGCAUUCCAAAUUUUGUUUGAUAUAUGUAAGAAUGAAGAAAUUGUACUUUUGAGUGGUUCUUAUUAUGCGGUUUGCAAAUUA